CCAACCCGACCGAGUCCUGUUUCAGUCCCACAACCGAGUCACGGAGAGCGGGGCGGUUCUCAUUUGAAAUUUAAGCGGCCAUCUCUCUCUCUCUCUCUCUCUCUCUGCUCGGAAUCCAUGGCGGCUGAUGUCCAGAAGGAGCUGUUCUCGUCGCUCGUCUCCGACAUCAAAAACUACAGCGGCUCAGAUCCCCUUCGUCCAUGGCUUCAUGGCGUUCGGAGGAUGAAAGAAUCGCUGCCUCAUCAUAUCCUCAAGGAGAAGCUCCCCCGAUUCCUCCAGAAAUGCGCUCAGACCUUCGAAUCCGACAGGAAAUACCGAAACGAUUCUCGAUACGUUCGCGUUUGGAUCGAACUGAUGGAUUACGUCAAUGACGCCAAAGUGGUUUUGAGAAGGAUGGAGAAGAAUCAGAUCGGAUGGAAGCGAGCUAUGUUUUAUUCGGCCUAUGCUCUGUACUACGAGAAGCAGAAGAAGUUUGAAGAGGCGGAGAAGAUGUACCAUUUGGGGGUUCAAAACCUUGCAGAGCCAGUUGGUGAGUUGCAGAAAUCUUAUGAACAAUUUCUUCAUCGCUUAAUGAUGUACAGGAAACGGAAAGCUAAAUUGCAGGAAGCUGUCACCAACAAAGGGAGACCAGCUUCUAAAUGUAUUCAUCAAGGUAGUAAUAUUACUAAACAAAAAGGGACUGAAGAAAUUAGGGAUUUGACUCCAAGAAACCGUGACAUGGUUAUGCAAGACACAACUUCUCAGCAGUCUCUUUCCAACACUAACCCUGCAGAUCAUCACAAAUUAGCUGAGGACAUUAAUCUGACGGAAGGAUGCUCAAACCCUGUCGAGGAUAAUUGUACAGGUUCUACAAAUUAUAAAGAUGAAUUCCCAGUGUCAACAACUGUCAAAAAUAUCCCCGGGCACCAAGGAAAUACUGCUUUGGAUUCGGAUAGGCCAACUCCAUUUUGUAGUGAUGACACAGUUGUGGUGAAGUUUGUAGAUUCAGCUAUUGUUGGCAAGUCGUAUGCAGAAGAUGCAUGUCAUCAUGGUUUAGUGGAUCCCACAAUCAACAUGAAGGAAGCUAUGAAUGCGAUAAGUUGUAUGUUCAGGGAGCCCCUUGAGGCCGAGCCAGUUAUUAAGAGAUCACAUCGAAGUACACCGAAAGUAAACCAGCAAAGCAGUGAAUUUGAGGUGUAUAUUGAUGAAAGCCCCAAAGAUGGGCUAGACCUGUGUCGUCAGAACCCAAAACGUGUUCAUAAUUGUGCUAAGAAACCUCCCAACCUGCAGACUCAUAAGCAUAACAGAUCCUUGAGUUCAGAUACAUCAAAAAAAUCAAUGGCGACAGAGUUACAGAAGCCAUUCUUUGGAGCAUUCAAAAUAUUGGCUGAUGAUGAUGAUGAUGAUGAGUGUGAUGAUAAAAAUGAUGAAGGGAACAAUAGGCACUUGGAAGAAUCAGAGCAACCUGCUAUACCUCUAAAUGCAUCGGCCUUCUUAAAUCCAGAUCAUCUAAAUUUUGGCAGUUGUGAUGAUGUCAAUAUGAUCAGCUCAGGACUAAAAGAAGAUACGGUGAUUCGAAGAUUUGUUGGAUCAACUGUUCUUGGUGAACCUGAAGUAGAAAAUGCAUGCCACCAUGGUUUGGUUGAUCCCACUAUCAACCUGAAGGAGGCUAUGGACGAGAUUAACAGCAUGUUUGGAAAGCCAAUAAAUUUUGUCAGGGGUGAGAAACCAAAAAAGAAGCAAGCUAAUGUCUCAUUAAAUCAGAAAAAACCAGCCAAUCAUGGCUUCUCUAUAUUGGCAGAUGAUGAUUUAGAAGAAGAAUCCAAAGGAAAAGGUUCAACAAGCAUUUCCUCUAACUUUGGCAAGGAGUGUGAUUUGUUUGAGCCAACCGUUUUUACCAAGGAGGCUAUGGAUGAGAUAAAUGAAAUGUUCGGAAAACCAUUAGACUUCUAAGGUUGUGGGUGAAGAACAAGUGAUCUUAUCAUGUAAAAGAUUGCUAUGUGACUGGUGGCAGUUGCUUCAGUCUUUUUCCUCUUCAGAGGCUUAUGCGAUGAAGAUUCUGUGAUAGUAAUUCACAUAUUUGAUGAAAACCACAAUGGUAUUCGAACAUCUUAAUGUUGUCAUGUCUGGUGUAUGGCCUUAUGGGUGGUCACCCAAGAAACAGAUGAAGCAUUGGAUAUUCAAGUAUUAGAUAGUGAUCAAUUAAGUGGCUUGCAGUCCUCAGUCAUUGCAGAAGUUGAAUGUCGGUCAUGUUCAAAUUGGCCCCUUGGAAGGACUAUAGUCCCAGAAUUCUGUUGAAAUUUUGGCAGUCUUUUCUCUAAUCAGCUGCAAAACUUUUUUUUUCAAGAAAAGUUGUAAAACAUUUUGAUUUAAGCUUGUAUUGCUUCUUUAGUA